ACUAACUGCUGUAGGCUUGUCGAGAUCCGCGCGGUACAGCGUACUUUUGAGGGCGCCUACGUGCGCACGGCUCUCGGCCAAUUCUCGUUUGCCCUCGUUAUCCUAAAGAUGUUCACGCGUGAAUUCUACAGCAUUGGCGCUCUCUUUGCUCUCCACGGCUUCGGUAUCUUCACCCUCAGCAUCUACCGACGCCAUCAGGCCCAACGCCAGUUCUUCAAAGACCCGCGUGGCCAAGGGUCAGAUUCGCAUCGGAUGUUUCGCACGAGUGGAAACUUCAUUAUGGUCCUAACAGCCAUUAGUCUUGCAACUUACGUUGCCCUUUUGUGCCUGACGCUACAUCUGGGUAAAUGA